GAGCCGCGCUCCGCAACGCCGUGCUCUCGCCGCCGCGCCGCGUCCGCCGCGCUGCUCUCGCCGCUCCGCUCCCGCGCCGCACCACGCUCCGGCCCGGGGGCCCGGCCCGACCCGACCCGGUGCACGACCGCCGGCUGCAGCCUCGCGACCCGCACCUGCGCGCACCCGCGGCCGCGCCUGCAGCAGCGGGGUGGGAUGACCGGCACGGAGGCGCCGGACCCCGGACGCCGGGUGUAGCGGGCCGCCCCCCGCCGCCCGGUCCCCCCGCGGGGAUGCACGGGCACGAGAGGUAGCGCGCGCCAUGCGUCGCCUGCUCCAGGAGGCGGUCCGGAUCACAGCGACGCCAGCCGCGGACGGCACGCCGGCGCCCGCCAUGGCCGCCAUCCUGAGGGCCAACGCGUCCGUGGCGCCCGGCACGACGCUGGGCCCGCUCGGUGUGACGCUGGCCAGCACCAUGCCCCCCCUGGGGCCGCUGGACCCGCCCUGGCCGGGCUCCAACAACACCAACCUCACGCUCGCCGCCGUGGACGACGAGUUCGCCGAGGACCUAGGCUACUCCGACAUGCAGAUCGUGUUCCUGGCGUGCGUCCUCACGGCGGGGCCGCUCCUCGCCGUGCUGCUGUCCAUCGUGGGCGUCAGUGCUGGUGCUGGUGGUACUGGUGCUGGUCUAGGUGCUGGUGCUGAUGCUGGUGCUAGUGCUGGUGUUGGUGGUACUGGUCUAGGUGCUGGUGCUGAUGGUACUGGUGCUGGUCUAGGUGCUCGUGCUGAUGCUGGUGCUAGUGCUGGUACUGGUGCCCAGGCCGUGGCCUUAUUGGUAGAGAAGCAGUAA